CCAUGGAGCCCCUGGCACCCUAGGUGAGGAUUAUUCGGGGGUCUCUGCGGAGACAUUACCCCCAAAUAUCAAAUGUAUGUUAGCUAGAAAUAAAAGAUAUUGAAUAAAAAAAAGAAAUUGUAGUAUGUUUGGAUUGUUUUAUUUCGGAUAUUUUUCGCUUUCAGAUUUUUUUAUAUUCAGAAAGUGAUGUGUCUACUUUGGGUUUUAGUAGUUUCUAUGGAGGUAUUUCAGAAAGUGAUGAGGGUUUUACGAUGUCCAAAGGUUUAUGAUGCAGAAUUUUAAGAUAGACGUUUUUUUUACUGCUUGUAACCAAAUUCCGAAUUUUUUUUAUUUUAAUCAAAAUAAAGCAUUUUCCCCUGAUUUUUUUGUUAUAUUUAUAGCACAGUAAUCAUUCUUGUUCUUAAAUUCCGUUUCGCGUUUUUAGCAACAUCCUAAAUAAAGCUUGUUUUGAGAUAAUAUCUUAGCUACAUUAAAUGGUUCCAAUUUUUAAAUUCCGUUCCAUUUUUGUCCCGUUCCAUUUUCCGUUCCGCGUUUUAGCACCCCCCCCCCCCCCCCCCCCCCCCCCUUGUUUGAAACCUCGCCAUGACCUUAUAAGAACUUUCAGUUUAGCGAUUUAACAGUCUGUGGCUUGAACUCCGUGCUGUGUGAAUAAGGUAUUAAAUCCUCGCUGGCCAGAAUAGGGUCAAUAAUAAGUAUCUUAUUAGAUGCAUGAUAUCUUAUGGAAAUCAAAAUUGGUCAUUGAGCAGAGAGGGAUCUUUAUCGUGCCACACCUGCUGUGACACGGGGCCUCGGUUUUUGCGGUCUCAUCCGAAGGACCGACCCAUUUAUUAGUCGCCUCUUACGACAAGCAAGGGGUACUGAGGACAUAUUCUAACCCGGAUCCCCACAGGAUAAGACAACUAAUACACACACACACACACACACUGCAUCUACUAGUGUCUCAUUUUGCAGCUCCAAAACAUCACAGACACCUGACGUACAUGUAUGCAAGGAUACUUCUAUUACCCUCCCCUUCUGAUUUCGAUUUAUGUAAUUGUUCCACGCUUUGUAGUCAGAGUACGGACUAAACCGUAAGCUCCAGGAUCUUACAACUUUGUAUAUUUUGUACCAUGAUGGGAGAAAGCUGCCUAUUGUUUCAAGGUCAAUAAUAGAAAACGUUAUAUUUAUAUAUUUAUUCACCAAUCAAGGGCCCUCAGGGGGCAUAUACAAAUUAACAAUUAAACAUUAUAACUACAUGAUACAAUUUACACGUGUACCAUAUACACGUUAAGGGUUUCUACAUUGACAUAGGUAUUGAAUUCUCAUCACAAUACUGAUUGGAAAUGUACUGUACAAUAAGUGUGCUAUAUGGGAAGUAAAGUAAGACAAUAUUAUAAAAUGUUGUCACAAGCACAGAGGGUACCAAGGGACGGUGCCUUAGCCAAGUCUAUCUGACUGACAGUCUUGUACCCUAAGUGUUUAAGACAGCUUAUUUAUAGUAUACACAAAAAUAAAUACAUGAUACCACAAUAUAUACACAUGCAUACCAUAUACAGAUGCUAUAUAUUCAAGACUGCUUACUUGAGUAUUGUAUACAAUUAAAUAGAACUACACAAUACGAUAUACAGAUGUAUACCAUUUCUACAUUGAUGUUGGUCUAGAGUUCGCUUAUAGUACUGAUUGAAAAUGCGAUGUACAACAAGGAUGUUACAUGGGUAGGAAAAUAAAACAAUAUCAUAAUAUGUUGUCACGAAUACAGGGGGUACCAAGGGACGGUGCCUUUGCUAAGUCAAUCAGACUGGCAGUCUUGUACCCGAAGUAUUCGAGACAGCUAGCUUAUUUAUAGAUGUGUUUAUUUGAAAGCGACAAGGAGUAAAUUAUACAUACUAGUUAUACAACCCUUAGUAUUCUAUAUCCCUGUUUUUAAAAUCAUUUUACUGAUUUGUUUGUGCAUUUUCAUUUGUCAUGAGUCAGAUCAACUUUUGAUCAUUAUUCAGGUUACAAAAGUUCUUACAGCAGUUAUUCACCAAUUUAUAUAAAACAUUUCUUUCUUCCUCAUUAUGAGAACAUGACAGUAAAAAAUGUUUUUCAUCAUCAAGUGUAUAUAGACAGGAUACAAACCUAACUAUUGUCGUUAGGACCGUCAGCCUUGGUGCACAUACUCCUCAUGCCACCAGGAAUGUACACAUUUACUUGAAAGCUUUCUGACAUAGUGCAGAUUCAAGUUUGUUAGGAUCAUGACCCCGGGGGAGGAUGGGGCCACAAUAGGGGAUCAAAGUGUUACAUACAAAUAUAUAGGGAAAAUCAUUAAAAAAUCUUCUGUAGAACUACCGGGCCAGACAAGUUUACAUGAAAUAAUAAUAAAUUUAUUUUUAAAGCGUAAAAUCCAUAUUGCCCUAAACGCUAUUUAAAUAUUUAAACAAUUAAAUAAGUCGUAUAAGAACAAAUGACGAGUAGGUGAAGAUAAGGAGUCCGUUAUGAUUGCACAACAUAGUAAUCUUGACUUAGAUUUCAGACAUGAAAGCUUCCUGGCAUAGUGCAGAUUCAAGUUUGUUGAAAUCAUGGCCCCCUGGGGUAGGGUGGGACCACAAUAGGGGAUCAAAGUUUUACAUACAUGUACAAAUAGAUAGGGAAAACCACUAAAAAUCUUCUGAAGAAUCACUGGGCCAGAAACGUUUACAUUUACAUGAAAGCUUUCUGACAUAGUGCAGAUUCAAGUUUGUUAAAAUCAUACCCCCUAGGGAAAGAGUGAGGCCACAAUAGAGGAUCCAAGUUUUACAUACAAAUGUAUCAAGAAAAUGUUUAAAAUUCUUCUUCUCAAGAAUCAAUGGGCUAGAGAAGUUUACAUUUAGAUGAAAGCUUCCUGAUAUACAUUGAAUUUGUAGUGUAAAUUAGGGCUUUUUAAAAAAAUCAUAACCCAUGUGAUAGGUUUAGGCCACAACAAGGAUCAAAGUUUUACAUGCGGAUAUAUAGGGAAAAUCUUUAAAUAUGGGCUAAGGUGACUCAGGUGUGCGAUGUGGAUCAUGGGCCUCUCUUAUGAGGCGUCCGUGGCCGAGUGGUUAGAGCAUCGCGCUCAAAAUCACGCGACCUCUCACCUCUGUCUGUGCUGGUUCGAAUCCCGCUCGCACCGGUAAGUGAGAAAGUUUCCCAGUUUACUUUCGGAAGGUAGGUGGUCUCUUCCCAGGUACAUUGUAUCUGGGUUUUCUCUUCCACCAAUAAAAAAACGGGCGCCACCAGAUAACUGAAAAAUUGUUGAGUGUGGCGAAAAACAUCAAUCAAUCAAUGUACAAUGUACUUGUGAAUUUGAGAAGUAAUUUCUCGCCAAAAUUAUAAGAAUUUCGCUAUGGAAGUCCUUAACCUACAUGUAAUUGCGUUCUGGGCGGAAUUAAAUCGCCGCUUAACAGAAUUGAAAAAAAAAAGGUAAUCCAUAUUGUGUGCUGAGAGGUCAAAGGGGCACGACGAUACGGUCACAGUGUGUUAUGUUGAUCAUAUAAAGGUGUUUUGUGAAUCUAAAUGUAUAGAAACUACCUUGCAUCACUGGCAAGACAACAGGCUGAGAUGGGAAACGGCGACAAAUUAAAAGUAUUGUUGGUCCUUGGGAGUAUCCGUGAUGGGAGACAAGGAAUAAAAGUGGCCAAUUUUGUGCGAAAACAGCUAGAAAAUCGAAACUUUGAGGUGACUUUUUACGACCUACUAGAAAUGAACUUUCCGAUGGUAAAACAACCUGUGCACUUUCUUGGACCAGAGCGCUCUGGGGCUCCUCAGAUUCUGUUAGACUGUGAGAAACAGAUCCGUGAAACUGACGCCUUCGUGAUAGUGUCCGCCGAAUAUAAUAAUAGUAUUCCAGGAUCCCUGAAGAAUUUCCUAGACGCCUUCCCGGACGGGGCGUACGGUUGCAAGCCGAGUGGUGUAGUGUGUUACUCCAUGGUGAGCCACCUUAUGGACUGGAAUUUAUCCGGAAAACUAGGGUCAGGAGAAAGAUUCAGGGUCUUUCGGGGCCAUAUGGUGGAUAUUGUUCAUCUACUGCUCUGAGAACCGUACUGGGGGUGUUGUCCUCUCCUUGUGUGUCCCGGGUUUUUGCUAUUCCACUUGUCCAAAACGAAUUUGACGAAGAUGGAAAUGUAUUGAAUGAAAAAUUGAAGUCAGACCUCAAUCCAAUGUUAGAGCAACU